GGAAUGUUCUAGUCUGUUUUACGUAAAAUUAAUUGGAUAAUUAUGUCUAGUACGGUCGGAGGUACGUCGCUGCACGCCGGCGAUCUAGCGGUUAUAGUGGUGUAUUUCCUGUUUGUGCUAUUCGUUGGAUUAUGGGUAGCUGUGAAGCAUCAAUGUAGCUGUGAGGACAAAAUGAUCAGCUGCCAGGUAGCUGUGAGGACAAAAUUAUCAGCUGCCAGGUAGCUGUGAGGACAAAUGAUCAGCUUUCAGGUAGCUGCGAGGACAAAAUGAUCAGCUGCCAGGUAGCUGUGAGGACAAAUGAUCCGCUUUCGGGUAGCUGUGAGGACAUAUGAUCAGCUUUCAGAGUUCCCGAAAGAACAGAGGCAGUGCAGGCGGUUAUUUCCUAGCAGGCCGGAAUAUGAACUGGAUACCGGUCGGGGCCUCACUGUUCGCAAGCAACAUCGGUAGUCUACAUUUCGUUGGAAUGGUGGGAUCUGGAGCAGCCUCUGGAAUAGCCAUCUACCUGUAUGAACUGAAUGCGAUGUAUGUGUUAAUGAUACUAGCCUACAUAUUCCUGCCUGUGUACAUUGCUUCUGGGGUGUUUACUAUGCCUGAAUACCUGAAGUACCGAUUUGGAGGAAAGCGGAUUCAGAUAUACCUGGCAGUAUUGGCUCUUCUUGUCUACAUCUUCACCAAGAUCUCUGCAGACCUAUAUGCAGGAGCCAUAUUUAUCGAGCAGUCUCUUAACUGGAACAUCUAUAUGGCUAUCUUGUUGUUGCUUGCCGUUGCUGCUGUCUUUACCAUUGCAGGAGGUUUGACGGCAGUAAUUUGGACUGACUUUAUACAAACAGUUAUCAUGGUGUUCGGGGCGAUAGCUUUGAUGAUAAUAGCCUUUAUGAAAGUAGGAGGAUUUCAAGGAAUGGUAGAGAAGUAUCCCGAAGCAGAGUCAAAGUAUUCACAACAAAGCAACAACACGUGUUCAGCACCGCGUGCAGAUUACAUGCACCUGUUCCGAGACCCAGUCAGUGGAGACAUUCCAUGGCCAGGCUUGGUUGGAAUUACCAUCAAUUCAAUAUGGUACUGGUGUUCUGACCAGGUGAUAGUGCAGCGAGCUCUCGCCGGUAAAACAUACGACCACGCGAAAGCCGGGACCAUACUAUGCUCCUACAUUAAAAUUCUGCCCCUGUUCAUGCUGGUUUUCCCUGGCAUGAUCGCUCGUAUCUUGUUCCCAGAGACUGUAGGGUGUUCUGACCCUGAUGUGUGUAUGGAAGUGUGUGGUUCUCCCUCGGGCUGCUAUAACGUUGCCUACCCACAACUCGUGAUCAACUUGAUGCCUCCUGGAGCAAGAGGUCUGAUGUUAGCGGUGAUGUUGUCAGCUCUAAUGUCUUCAUUGACGUCAAUAUUCAACAGCAGUUGCACAAUAUUUGCGAUGGACAUUUGGACACAUGUUCGACGGAAGGCCAGUGAGCUAGAACUGAUGAUUGUAGGAAGGGUAUUUGUGAUUGUACUGGUGGUGAUCAGUAUUAUAUGGAUCCCGGUAUUACGCCACGCCAGUACACAACUGUACGUGUAUAUACAGGAGGUCUCCAGCUACCUACAGCCACCUAUAUGUUGUAUCUUUAUAUUGGCAUUGUUCUGGCCAAGACUUAAUGAGAAGGGAGCUUUCUUCGGCUUGUUGUUUGGGAUGCUUGUCGGCCUAGCCAGAUUUGUAGCUGAGUAUUCCUACGGAAAGUUCUCAUGUGGAGACGAAGGCCCGAAUCCAGUUCCAGUCAUAAUAAAAAACUUUCAUUACCUGUAUUUCUCUGUUUUCCUGUUUCUGUUGACGGGGAUUGUGGCUGCCGUCAUAUCUUUAUUGACAAAACCCAUAGACGAACGAUGUUUGUACAGGUUAACAUUCUGGAGCCGACACAGCAGAAAGCCCAGGAUAGAUUUAGACGAGUGGAUGAAGGGUAGUAGCAAGGCAUACGGUACCAACAGCGAUGUAUCAUCACGAUCUAGUGAACAAGAAUUACAAAUGCUUAAAACGGACAAGGAAACUGGUGACAAAAAAUCAGAGCAUACUGUUCCGGAUAAAUCGAAAGGAGAACAUGCAGAAAAGCUUGUUGACCAAGAAGAGAAAACGGAACUGCAUAUUGUAAACUUUGAUGUUCGGAAAACAGCCGAGAUACCAGACGUUGAAUGCACACCCAUAGAACUGACCUGGUACAGACGUGUUGGAAACUGGAUAUGUGGUUUGGAGAACAUGAAGCAGAUCAGCGAACAUCAGGUGGAACAUGUUGAUAUGUUGUGUAUUGUGGAGAACAGAAGAUGGAAGAUCUUGUCUAACAUUGCGGCUGUUGGCAGUAUGGUUCUGAUGGUAGUGAUUGCCGUGUAUUUUGCUUGAAUAAUAUAUCUCGUACGGCAUCAUUGACACCGCAUAUCACACAACUCAAGUGGGCUUUCUGUAGGUUUAGUAUACUGACUUAUCUUGGGACAAUGGAGUAUCCUUAUAAAGUUCGAAUGUUUCUCAUUGCAGAGUUGGUGCAGCCGUUCUGCGCCUGCGCGGAAUUAUUAUCCAUUGGAGCGCACGGCAAAAUUACUCAUUUUCUGGCAUGUCCGCACGCAUUUAGAGUAUCAAAUGCAUAAUAUACUGACUAGAGGUUAGGGUUAGUAUCACCAUGGUUACAAAAUAUAUACAUUUAAGAUAUUUUCUUUCAAAUUUAGUUAAUCCGGUAUAUACCGGAGUCUGUAAUAUAUAUAUCACAGGUGCACCAACUCUGUAUUUAGUCACAGCCAUAAAGUUCAGAAAAAACGAAAAGAAGUAGUGAAACGCUAAAGGCAAAUCUAGAAUCCAAUUCAUGUAGAGACUUACAGUUUACUUGAUAGUAAAUUGGACUUUGUUGCAUAACCUACUGUAGAUAUUUACAUUCACCAUAUAAGAGAAAUUGCAUGAGACUGGGCUUCAAUGUCUGGCGUUAUCUGUUUCAGUUAAACGUUAACUGAAUGACGCGAUACAUGUAAUUUUUACUUGUUAAGUAAAACAUACGACACUCAUGAGGAAGCAUUAUUCAUUUGCAACUGAUUGUUUAUGUAAAAAUGACAAGAUGCCUUCCUGCCGAAUAUAUAUAUAUUUGUCAGUUGGAGUAUUCUUUAAUAUAAAGCAGUGCAGCAAUAUGGAGGACAUUGAACAUCAGACAUUGAGUAGAAUGUCAGAUAAACAUUUAACAGGAUGUAAAAUACUGACAAAGUACAUUGAACAGAAUGUCAAAUAAACAUUGAACAGACUGUCAAAUAUUGACAACAAAAAACCGUUUAAUGUUCUCCAUAUGCUCACUGAAUAGAUUAGAACACUGAUACAAACACAAUGUUAUCUGUAGAAAAUCGUGCAUGUUUGCUGUAUUUGCAUAUGAUGUAUUUUUCUUGAAAGAUAGUUCGCAGUUGCCUCAUUUUGAUGCUAGCUAACAAAUGCAAGAUAACUUACAACUUUUUUUCUGCCCGUAAAGUUUUUUAUUUUACAUUUCAUUAUUUAGGAAUUUACAGGUAGUUUUGAUAUACGCAGGUACUAAAUUAAUCAUGCGGUCAUUGCCAUGAUUAUGCGGGAUUGGUGGUGGAUGGUAAGGGAAAUGUCAGGAGUGGAGAGCAUUUAGGCAGCUGAAAAAUUGUGUAUCUAGAAAUAGUGUCUCAGCAAUUUGUCUCCAAUCGACUAAUCCGUAAUAUAUGCGGAUGAUUAUGGUAUGCUAAUAAAAUAGCAGUUCCGGUAAAUGUUUACAGACCCUCUGUGUUGAGAAAUAAUUUUCUAUAUUUCCGUGUUAUUUUUUCUUUCUGGAAAUAAAAUCAUUUAUUUUUACUGAAUUUGAAAUGUAAAUGGCACAAAAAAGAGGCAAAAAGACGUCUGUAAUUAUGUAACCGUUGUGUUGAUUUGUUGUAAUGAUUAAUCAUGAUUUUUGAAAUAGAAAUAGAGCACUACAAUCAAUUUCUGUCUAAUUAUAUGCACUUCUAUAUGCUUUUGUUUCUUUGUGUGAAAUGACACGUACAUGUACCUUAUGCAGCUAUUCUUAUAUUCAACUCAACUGGAACAUCAGGACAGUUAAUGACGAAUAUACACAUAUUCCUUUCUGAACAAUUUGUAUCUUUGCCAGCCAGGAAAAUGUGUUCUACUAAUCUGGCAAUAUAUUGAUUUUUAUUUCAUACCUGUUACAAUUUUCUUGCCAAAUCACAAUUCAGGUACAUAGUAAUGCAACCUUACCUCAACUUGUAUACAGCAUAAGCAUUUCAAGCCAGUCCUUUCAUAACUGGGUGUGAUAUCAAAAUGUAUGUAGUAUAUGUAAUGUUCUGUAUAUGACACCAAAACUAUCAGUGAAAAUACAGUUUCUGUAUAUUUGCAUACCUUUCCAAAGAAAACAUGUCUGCUUUUUAUUUUGUAUAAGCUUUUAUAUAACUUAUUUAAGCAAUGCAGUAUUUUAAUUUGCACGAAAUGCCACUGAAUUUAUUGUUUUCUUUCUGUACUAGCUAUUUCUUGUAUUGUGGAAAUAUAUAAUAAAAAUUUAUCGUAA